UUCUUUGUGAUGAGUAGAAUGUUACAUUUUGCAUUAUCUUGUUCAUAAAUAACAUCGAACUACUUACUUUGCAUAGAAUUCGGGCAUGGUCCAUAAGCGCAAACAUCAGGGGUGCCACGAGCGAAAGCUGACACUUUGAAUUUGAUGCGGGAUCCGAAGCCAUGGGGUAUGAUUUCUAUAAGCGCCCUCAGACAAGGUCUGCAGUAUGCAUGGGGUUGAUGGACAACGGGCAGCCUUCCACGACUUUCCUCGUCUUGUCUUUUUCCUCUCUCCCUCCAACCAUUCUUCUUUGUAAAAAUAAUCGCGAAGCCAGCAAUGCCCCGCGAUAAGUUCUAUCUUUGUGCAUCUACUGCGCAUUUGUCUAGCGACAUUGGAAGUACAUGACAUAUACAUUUCAAAAAAUAUCUUACACCCUGAAGCAUCGUCACCAUCCCAGACUCUGCUCACCAAAGACUUUAAAGUGCCGGUAUUGGCUCCUGUGCUGAAGCUCCCGCCCCUGACAUUAUCCAUUCUUUCCAAAAAGGCUGUGCAGGGCUGUAGGGAUACAUCUUUCUUCGUUUCCAAUUUGAGGAUAAUCAUCAUGUCGAGCCUAAAAGAUAUCAUGGACGUAGAUGUGGAGCCUCUUGAAUCUCAAGCCUAUAGAAGGAAGGAGGCCGCUCAACAACAAGCUUCUCGACCAUCCAUUGAUCCUUCAUCUCAAAGUCCCUCUCCUCAGCUUGAUGAUACUAAAGGGAAACUAUCUAUGAACCAUCGAAGAUCAAAUCGAGUUUCAAAGUCGUCCACUCAAGCUACAACAUCGCGGCCCAAUUCAUCACGGCGGCGUAGUAGCGGUGCUGGAGAAGCCAUGGACUUUUCGGCCUAUCAAGGUGGCGGAUCAAACCAAAGAAGCAUAUCGGGUAGUCCCUCACAAACAUGUUCGAGAGGGGGAAUGGAACCAAUGGCAGAUAUAGUGCCUAUCAAAUACACACCCGUGACUGGACGUAUUAGCAGAGCAAAGAAGGGUAUACCAGUUCAUACAUGCGACGACUGUAGGAAGACAUUUACCAGGGCGGAGCAUCUCAGUAAUUUUGGUUGGAAUGGACGCUUAGGAAAGAAGAAUAUGGACCAAUUUUUGAUUUUUUUCAAUUACAGGAGACACAAACUCAGUCAUGGUAAACCCGCCUAUCCGUGUACUUUUGAAGACUGCGAGAGAACAUUUCAUCGCCCGGACUUACUUGCACGUCAUCUCAAUCGACACGAGACACAAGGCGAGAAGGCGUACAAAUCCAGUGACCCAAGAAGCAGAGCCUCCUCGAGCGCAUCGGAGAGUGCUCCUGUAAAGUUAGAACCCACAUCUCACGGGAUCUCGAUGGCCCUGGGUCAGAUAUCUUCAGAAAAUCCAACAACACCUAGAAUUUCAGCGGGAACGGAUCAAUCUGCCCUAGCUCCGACUUUCAACACAAUGACGGGGAAUUUUCAACCUGUUGACUUUUCAUCGGGAAGCUCUCAUAGAGGGUCGGUCAGUCAAGCUCAAGUGACCGAUGUGGAAGUGUACACUACAGCAUCACCUGGUUCGGUCCCAUCUAGGACAUUCGCUGAGAUGACCCCGAACUAUAAUGUACGACCCAUGCCAGACUUUUCCGAGCAAGACCCUUAUCGGGCAACGAACUCCAGCUUCCAAGGGUUAUAUACCCAGGAAGUGUCCUCAUUUCAUUCCUAUAGCCCCCCUCAUGCUCUACCACUUCUACGUAUUCCGGAAGAACCUUAUAUGCCAAGUUUAUCUUACACGCACGACAACUCACCCUGGUGUUCAUCGGCUUCCGAUAGCACAUAUUCAGAGAGCUCACGCACGGGGAGAAUAGCGCACAGAGGUCGAUCUGGAUCGUUAGUCGCAGCAUCUGAAUGGCCUGUUCCAGUUCCUAAUGCGCAGUGGUCCCAUGGUAUGGCUAAUACAACCCAAGACCUUAGAAGCCCGCCUUACGAAACAAUGAUGGAAGCUUAUGAUGCACCUUACACACCCCCUAGAAUGUCACCGCCAUCUCGUCAGUUGCUUGAUGUGCCUGCUUAUGAUUUGGGGGGAUAUUAUAUGGAAUCAGUGGGUAAUCCUCACACCUCAACAUAUAAUAAACACUUGGCUCAGACUUUUCUUUCAGCGUCCCCUUCGAGAUUAUCCGACCCCCGAUUGGCAGUCCUUGAUAGAAGAUCGAAGGAGUUGGUGGGAUCCCAGCAAUUAGAUACACUAACGAACAUCGAAACGGUCAUCUCAUCUCCUUCCCAGUCCGCAACCUCUAACCUCGAUACCUAUCUUUCUUUAUAUUGGAACUAUUUCGACAAAUUGUUCCCUAUGAUUCACCGAGGAACAUACAUACAAAACCAAAACUUAGCACUCACCUUCGCAAUGGCUGCCAUUGGCACUCAGUACCAUACAAAUCCCGAAGCACGAAAUCACGGCGUCGAAUUCAACACUUACUGUACUAACAUAAUUCCUGUGGUUUUUGAAUGGUCAAUACAAAUAAUGCAAGCAAUAUUACUUACAGAGAUAUUUACUCGUUUCCGUGGUACAAAGACCACGGUUCGCUCAUCUCGCCAGUUCGAAGAGUUAUACAAUAGACUCUCGAACCCUUCACCAACUUCCGAUACAAACACUACUCCUACCACUACAAGCAUUUCUAAUGCUCUAUCUCAUCAAUUCAAUACACGAACUAGAUCUCAAGACAUACAAAGCAAUUGGUUGCUUUGGGUCGACACUGAGUCGCGACAACGUCUGCUAUGUCUCUGCUUUAUUUUCGAUGUCAAACAAGCCAUGUACCACCAAAAAAAGCGAGCCAGACCAUAUCUUGAUCUCAACAUACUAUACACACCCUGCUCGGAAGUUCUAUGGGAUCCAACUAAUGCAGCUGACUGGGCUACCAACAAGACAGGGAGCAAUGCAGGGCAACCACUCAACGUCAUGCAACAUCAGUACACCCAAGAGAACCGUGCCGAGCCUUCACAUUUUGCUCAGUCACUCAACGUGUGUUUCUUGACAUCUCAACUUCCCAACCGUGUCGAUCCUAACCAUCACUAUCCAAACGAUUAUCAAAUACACGAUAUAUAUCCCACAAUACUCGAACUUGUAACAUUAUCUCCAGCAUCUUCAAUGGCAUAUAGUUUUAUCGCGUUAUACCAUACGCCACUCCGUGACCUUUUGGCUGUGAGCGGGGAUACCUGGGUAUUCUCUCAAAAAAUCACAAAUCAAACCCAUUUUCGCGAAGCACAGGCACGUCUGAAAACUUGGUCAUCGUCUCUAGCAGCAGCCACCGCCACACAUUAUGCUUGUCGCAUCUUACUCUCCGAGUUUUCAGCACCACACAUCCCAUCUUCCAAUAAUAACACAACGCAACAUUCUCCGGACCUUUCUCACUAUUGGUCUUUGAAUAUCGCCGCGUUGAUCUGCUGGGCAUUUGGACACCGAAUCAGCGGAAACAGCGAUACUGUUACAGCUCUAGACUUCGACACUUCUCCCGAAGCUUCGGAGGAUGUACGACUUAAAGCUCUCGUGUAUCUCAGUUCUAUGGUCGAGCUAGAUGUCAAAGAUCUCCUGAAUAGCAAGGCGACUAUGCGGGGACAGACCUCUUUUGUUGUCGAUGCAGUGCGCGCACGACUAGAGAUCGAUAGUGUUGGAGGCCACUGCAUGAGUCUCGUUGAUUCCAUUUGUGUCUUGAAGCGUCUUAAUGAGAGCGGAAGAGGGAAGUGGUUCUAAGUCUCUUUUUCUUAUCCUUCCUGUUUUCAUUCAUUUCCUUUUGAUCAUUUCCUUCAUCUUCAACUUCACCUUUCAAUUUCUUUCCUAGAUCAAUUCUUUUGAAUUGACCUUGUGCGAUAAGUUUUUUUUUGUACUUCUUCACUUCCUAACUGAAGAAGCGGAUUGGCAUAUGAUAUGCCUCAAGUAAUGAUGUAUUUUCUUUUCAAAUUUCCCAAUGUCUGGUUUCCUCCUAUACACGUUGUCAUCUUUUUCAUCUGCGGGGGGAUAUCCAUUUCUUUACAUGUUGUCACGCUGUACGAGUACAUCUCUUCAUCUGUAUUACCACCUACCUGUCUGUGUCUUUUAUUUCCUUCCUAUAUCAUUAUUUCCAUUUCCAUUUCUACAUUUCUCUCAUGAUUCCUUUCACUUUUUCGAGUUUUUAUUUUACCUCUCUGCAUAUGAUUGAUGUUAAUGAAUAAAAUGCAAAUCGUGAUAUAUCAUAUGAUAUCUAAUUGAUAUGAUAGUGUUAUAAUCGAGGGGUUUAAGGAGGUUUGGCUGAUGGGACGGAUCGCACUACAUACACAUACACAUACACAUACACAUACAC